CGCAGCACCGCGACGACGACGCCCAGGACGACGCCCAGGACGACGACGCCGAGGAUGUGCGCGGGCCGCGGGGCCACCAGGAUCGACCUGGAGGACCUGUCGCUGGAGCACAGCGACAUCGGCCAGGCCGUCAGCAAGGUCCUGCAGGGAUACGACUGGACGCUGGUGCCCGUCACUACCAGAGCCGCGUCCAACCAGCGCAAGCUGCACGUGAAGCGCCCCAUGAACGCCUUCAUGGUGUGGGCGCAGGCCGCGCGCCGCAAGCUGGCCGACCAGCACCCCCAGCUGCACAACGCGGAGCUCAGCAAGACCCUGGGCAAGCUGUGGAGAUUGCUGAGCGAGCGCGACAAGAGGCCGUUCGUGGAGGAGGCCGAGCGACUGCGCAUCAUCCACAAGAGGGAGCACCCCGACUACAAGUACCAGCCGCGGCGGCGCAAAGCCAAGCCCCAGCAACAACAACAACAACAACCAUCGCAAACGGGGACGCCGCCCCGCCCCCAGCCCGGCCGGCGCGGCGAGUGUUAA